UAAGAAUGAUGAUUUUCAUAAAAUUGUACUACCUACAUUUGUGAUGUUGCAAUCUAUACAUUUAAUAAAAAUUAUUAAUUUUAAUUUAACUUAAUUGUUAUUUAUUAGAUAACAAUCACAUGCUAAGAUGGCACAACGAUUAAGCAACAAGGCAAAACUUAAAUCGCUUUUCACUGUGACAAGCAGUGCCAUUGCUUUGUUCAGUGGUAUUUCACUCUAUCAGGGUAACGAAAGGUUCUACAGUGAAGUUGUCAUACCUCUAGCUCAACUGAUAGAUGCGGAAACUGCCCACAAUCUUGCAGUGAAAUCUCUGAAAUGGGGUUUUGUGUCGAAACAGAAAACAGAAGACCCCAGUUUACUUCAAACUACUGUGCUGGGUUUGCAAUUUAAGAAUCCAAUUGGCAUAGCUGCAGGAUUCGAUAAACAAGGAGAGGCAGUAGAAGGGUUGCACAAGAUUGGCUUUAGUUUCGUAGAAAUAGGAUCUGUGACACCUAAACCGCAAUCUGGUAAUCCAAAACCAAGAGUGUUUAGGCUGCCGGAAGAUAAUGCAAUUAUAAAUAGAUAUGGAUUUAAUAGUGAUGGUCAUGACGUUGUAUGGGAACACCUUAAGAAGCUGAAAGAGAAUAAGAAUUUUAAUGGUAUUCUUGGUGUGAAUUUAGGGAAAAACAAAGAGACAAACGAUGCAGUUCAAGAUUAUAUCGAUGGCAUAAAAAGAUUCAUGGAUGUGGCGGAUUACUUUGUGAUAAAUGUGUCUAGUCCUAAUACUCCAGAUUUAAGAUCCUGGCAAAACAAGAAGAACUUAGAACAAUUAUUGACCAGAAUAAAUGUAGCAAGAGAAUUGCUCAAUAGUAAACAGCCAUUGCUUCUGAAGCUAGCGCCAGAUUUAUCAGAUUCUGAACGACAAGAUGUAGCAGAUGUAAUUUUAAAGAAGAAAUCUAAAGUUGAUGGUUUAGUUUUGUGCAAUACAACAAUCAUGCGACCGAAUUUAAUUAAUUCGAAUAAGGAAGAAAGUGGCGGUCUUAGCGGUGCACCUCUUGCUGAUAUUUCUACCGCUAUCAUUUCCGAUAUGUAUAAACGAACACAUGGCAGCAUUCCAAUUAUUGGUGUAGGUGGUAUUUUUUCUGGUGCUGAUGCUUAUAUCAAGAUAAAAGCUGGUGCUUCCUUAAUACAACUUUAUACUUCAUUUGUAUAUAAUGGACCACCAAUAGUAGACAAAAUCAAACGGGAAUUAUGUGAAAUACUUGAAACUAAUGGUUUUUCUUCUGUGACUGAUGUAGUUGGCAAGGAUACCAAGAAUAGAUGAAUAUAUUUUAUUGUACAUAAUUCUAGUGCCUUUACUAUACGUGAAUAUAUUAUCCCAUGCAAUGUACAUAAAGAAUAUAUUAUGUAAUAGAUA